AUGGUUUUGCCUCAGGUCAUACAGGGAGCACGUUUCAUUACCUGCAAAGGUGAAGCAAAAACGUCAUAAGAUAAUUCUUACAGACUGAGAGUGACUUGACACCACGAUGAGUGACUCUGAAGACCAGUUCUCCUCAGACAGUGAGGAUGAGGACUAUGUACCAUCAGGUGGUGAGAUGAGUGAAGACUCAGAACCAGAAGGUGAGGAAGAAGACGGAGAUUUCAAACCCAAAGGGAAGAAGGCUGCAAAAAAAGGGCAGAAGAAAAACAAAUCUAGUCUUCCUGUCAGACAAAGUAAACGUGGAAUGCAGUUUACAGAAGAAGAUGAGGAAGAUGAGGAAGAUAAACUGAGUACUGAAGAAGAAGAAGAACAAGAAGAGGAGAGAAAAGAAGAACCAGAAGAGCCUAAGGUUGAGGAACAAGUAGAGAAGAAGAAGGCUGAUGACUUGUGGGCCAGUUUCCUGAAGGAUGUGGGGGGACCCCCUGCACGGCCUAAGACAUCUUCAGCAGGAGGGCUGGGCAGCCUAACACAGAAGACCAGCAGUGUGGCUGCCUCUACAUCCCAGACCCAAGCCAAGCCCAAGUCCAAAGUCACAGUAACAAAGGUGUAUGACUUUGCCGGAGAAGAAGUCAAAGUGUCAGAAGAGGUGGAUGCAGACUCUGUAGAGGCCACGAGCACUCCCCCUGAUGAGAAGACCACAGACAGCAGCAGUACCAACAGUGGUCCUGUACCACAGCAGUCCAGCAGUACAGCGGUACCCCGGUUGGGGGGUACCACAGUCACAGGGGUGAAGAGACCAGUAGGCGGAGGGUUGGGGAGCGUGCUCAGUAAGAUCAGCAAGAAGCCCAAAAUGAGCACCUUGGUGAAAUCUAAGCUAGACUGGGACACCUACAAGAAGGAAGAACAGAUAGAAGAAGACCUGGCCAUCCACAACAGGGGGAAGGAAGGUUACCUGGAGAGACAGGCCUUCCUACAGAGAACAGACCUGCGUCAGUUUGAGGUGGAGCGCAACAUGAGGAUGGCCAAUAGGAACACGCCAAGAUAACACCUGCAGGAAACCACCCUCUGCCCACACUGGAGGAUGGCCAAUCAGAACACGCCAAGAUAACACCUGCAGGAAACCAUCCUCUGCCUACACUGGAGGAUGGCCAAUCAGAACACGCCAAGAUAAAACCUGCAGGAAACCAUCCUCUACCCACUAUGGAGGAUAGCCAAUCGGAACACACCAAAAUUACACCUGCGGGAAACCAUCCUCUAUCCACACUGGAGGAUGGCCAAUCAGAACACUCCAAGAUAACAC